CAAAAAUUUAAUUAGAGUUUAAUAGGCAAAGUAUAAAAGGUAUAAAUAAGAUGAAUCAAAUUUUAAGAUUUAGCCAACUUGCAUAUAGAAAAUAAGUAAACAAUAGGAUAAACUUGAUUUGCAAUAUCAACAAAUUUUUUUCAGUCAGUUAGCAGUCUCCAUAAUUAAUAAAUGUUACUAAAAUGCAGCUUUAAUAAUUUGGAAUUAAUAAAUAAACAAAAUAAUUUAAUUCUACAAGAGAAUAUAAUGACUUAGAGAAAUAUAUGAUAGUAAAAAGAAAAAGCAUUUUAACUAUGGGAAGGAUCUCAGAGUUGAAAGGCAUUGAAGUUUAAAGAAUUUUAUCAUAGUCAAGCUAAAAUUUUAUGAAAGAUUUAGAAAAAUAUAAUCCAAUAGACAUAAUUAACCUAUUAUUGCUAGAUCAUUCUGCUUUUAAGCAUAACCAAAAGGAAUUAGUUAACUACAUCACUUUAAAGCUCUAAAAUAAUAGUCUUAAUAGCAAAGAGUAUAUUUAUCUAGUUAGGAGCUCUAUGUUUUGCUUAAACAAUAAAAGUUGUGAAUAGCAAUUAACAAUGCACAUUAAUAAUAUUUUAUAAAAAUCUAGUGAAUUUAUGAAAUUAUCUCCUUACACUGCAUGCUAAUUACUUAUAAUCUACUAUUAAUAAAUUAAAAAAUAAUACAAGCUAUUUGACAAAGAAAACAAUUUUUUAAUUAAAUCAUAAUAGCAAUAAGUUAAAAUAGAAUAACAAUUUAGAUAAUAAUACAUGAUGGAAAAUUAAAUAGGUUCAGAUAAGCUUUUAUAUGAGGUUAUAAUAGAAAAUACUUUAGCAAUGAACUAUUCAAAUGAAUAGUUACUAGAUUUAAUUUCAGAAUUAGUGUAUAUAGGAAAAUUUUAAAGAUAAGAUUUGUUGCUAAAGAUUUUCAAUGCCCUUGAUUUAAAUUAAAUCAAUUUGUAAUAACUAAUUCAGCUUUUUAUUAAUACAACUUCUAAAAACGUUAAUGUUGAUGAUAAAAUUUAUAAUGUAUUCUUACAAAAGGUAAAAAACAAUAUUUAAAUUAAUGAAAACCAACAAAAAAGUUAAUUAUAAGAAAAUCAAUAGAAAAAAGCAAACUAUUCUUACAUAUAGUCAAAUCAAGAUGUAUUAAAGUUUAUUUAAGGAGAUGAACAAAAUAAAAGUCCCACUUUGCUAUUUCAAGAUGAAAUAGAAGAAACAAACCCUCCACUUAAUCCUUAAGCUAAAGUUGAUGUCUUAUGGAUUUUAAUCAGAAAUUACAGCAAUAAAAAUGAGGAACUGUAUGAAUCUUUAUUUAAAAGCAUAAAUUAAGAUAUCCAGUAAUUAUAAAUAAGACAUUUGCUAUCUCUUUUGUAAUGCUUUAUCGGAUAUCAAAUGAAUAAAAAUAUAGAAUAUGUCUAUAAUGAAAAUAGUAAUUUUAAAUUCAAUCCAAGCUAAAAUUUAAUAGACUUACCUUUAGUUGUGAAAAUGCUUAUUUCAAGAAUGCAGAUGACUAAGCAACCCCUCUCUGAAAAGCAAAAUUGCUCAUUAUAUUUAAACUUAAUUUACCUGAUAAAUACAAAAUAAAUAAGCUAAAACUAUUUCAAACCCUCCUUCUUAGCUGAUUUAUACUCUUUUUAUAAAAAAUAUGCAAUAGCAAACGAUAACCCUUCUAAAACAGAAGAUAAAUUUAUGGCUGUUUUUUAAAAGCUUCAAAAAGAAAACCUCAUACAAGAUUAAAUCUAAAGAGGAGUCUUAAUAGAUGACAUCUAUAUUGUUGACUUUUUGAUUGGUGAGAAAACUAUCAUUGAAGUAAACGGAGAUAUUCAUCACAAUUAAUAGACUAAAUCACAAAUUAGAUAAAACUUUCUAUAAAAAUUAUUCUAUUUAAAAAUCUAAAACUACUAAGUUAUAAUAAUAGACUCAAAUGAAUAUUUACCAAUUAUUAAUGACUCAUAAAAGUUUGAAGAUUUAGUCACUAAGAUUUUGAAAAAUAAAUAAAUAAUUUCUAAAGUUUGAAACUUUUACCAUCUUCAAUUUACUACAAAAAAAUAAACAAUUA